AUGGCAGACCCAACAGAGGCCGCUGCAGCGAGCAGGCGGCAGGAGGAGCUGCAGAAGCAGGUUCUCGAAUCAGAGCUCAAGACACUACCUUCGGACGCUAAGGUGUACAAUGCCAUCGCAACACCGCUCGAGGCGCCACUCAUCGCGCACGCGCAUGGCCAGCAUGCAUUCUUCCCCAACCUGGACGCCAAGACCUCCCUGCAGGACGUUCAGCCUGAACGAGUGAUCUACAACCAGAUACUGCACAAAGCCAUCUGCCGUGCCUUCGAUAGCGAUGCCUUGCAUUUCCGGCCGUGCGUCCACUCGGGAACGGCCCGUUUGGCGACGGGCAUCCCGACCACCGCCUCGACAUUUCCACCAUCACCUACCGCACCGCCCUUGCUCCAUCAGCCGGACCGAUCCGACAGCCGGCGCCACCUCUGCUCCAUGUAUCGUCCGCUCCCACGCGUCGUUUCGGCGCUUCCGAAACGGCUCACCCGCGCUUCGGCACGUUCCGUCAUCACACCAUGCCGCCCGGCCAUCGCAUCGUCUGUGCCAUCACACAGCGUAUCGAUCGGGCGUCUGCUGUCCACCUCGCGCGCAAGCCGUGCCGAAGCCGCAGCAAAGCCGGCUGCGCCCACAGCGUCGUCGAGUGCCUCGGCGAGUUACAGCGACGGUGGGCCUGCAGUGCCGGGUGUCACAACGGACGCCAAGUCGCGCGCAGUGUACAUCACGUGGGCAAGCGGCAUCACGAGCAAGUUCCACAACAUCUGGCUACGCGAUCACUGCCGCUGUCCACAGUGCUACCACCCAACUACCAAGCAGCGUCUGCUGAAUACGUUUGAGAUCGCACCCGACGCACAGCCCAUCUCGGCCGAAGCAACGACAGAAGGGUUGCUGGUGCACUGGCCUUUGCUGCCUUCGGAACGAGCUGCUCAGCCCGCAGCACCCGAACCAGCACAGGGUACAGAGGAGGCGGCAGGAGAAAGCGCUGCGGGUCCACAGCAUCCGUCGCUGUAUCCAUGGCGAUGGCUCAUGCGCAACUCGUAUUCGCCACUGCUCUCCGACCCCGUCACCGCAGCCAGCGACGACACAGGCCUCAAGGGCAUCGAAAAGGUGCUUUGGGGCAAAGGCAUCGGCUCGGCCCCUCCGACAGUCAGGUACGACGAGGUCAUGGGUUCCGACGAGGGCGUGCUCAAGUGGGUCACCAAAAUCGCACAGUAUGGAUUUGCAUUCGUUUCGGGUGUGCCGCCCACACCGACGGAUACGGAGGCGCUCAUUCGCCGCAUCGCCUUCAUCCGCGAGACGCACUACGGCGGUUUCUGGGACUUUACCUCGGACCUUGCGCAUGGCGAUACGGCCUACACCGACCUGGCACUGCAGGCACACACGGAUACGACCUACUUCACCGAUCCCGCUGGGCUGCAGAUGUUCCACCUGCUCAGUCACACGGCGUCGAAAACCUCCGCAAGCGGGACCAAGGGUCCUAGUGGUGGAGAAUCGCUGCUGGUCGAUGGCUUCCUGGCUGCAGCGGUGCUUAAGGACGUUCACCCGGAGGCGUACGAUACGCUCAGUAGGGUGCGGAUCCGCACGCACUCGGCCGGCGACGAAAAUACCAUGAUCCGCCCACUCCUUGAUGGCGGCUAUCCCAUCCUGCAGCACGACGAGGCAACGGGCGAGCUCGUGCUGGUUCGGUACAACAACGACGAUCGCUCGGUGCUGCGCAUCGACGCCGACGAUGUCGAACCGUUCUACGACGCGCUCACAAAGUGGAACGCCAUCCUCACCAAUCCCGAGGGCGAGUAUCGCGUGCAACUCAAGCCCGGCACCCCGCUCAUCUUUGACAACCACCGCGUCCUCCACGGUCGUGCCGCCUUUGUGGGCAAUAGACGCCUCUGCGGCGCCUAUGUCAACCACGACGACUACCGUUCCAGAUUGGCCGUCCUCCGCACCCAGCUCGCCGAAAACAGAUCCACUAGAGGCGUCUGGGAUGACGGCCUCUAG